GCGAGGGGCCGCGUGACCACCACCUCGGGUGAAAUCGAAAGUUGCUUGAAAGUUAAUGUCACCCUAUGUGUGAAGGUUGACAACUUAUUGACACUGUGGAUGUUAGUGAUAAACUGUGCGACCGCGCGAUCGAGUGGACAGACCAUGAACCAACAAACUCCACCACACUGGAGCGGGCGAGGCAGCGGGCUGCCGGAGGAUAGUAGAGGACGGCAGCGGUGGUAGUGGUGUGGCGGUGGCGGUGGCCGCUGGUGUGGUGAGCCCGGAUGUACCACCAUGGAAGAGUACUUCUACUUGGAGGAGGCGGGCUACCCGAGCGUGGCCUACCGGGGCGUCAAGGCAGGUGUAGAGGUUGCGCCUCUUAACCAUCGCCCUGACAUGGCACCCCAUGCAGCCAUUGAGGGGUCAGCGGGGUGCCAAGACUAUGAGCUGACCCUCCUGGAGUCUCCUAGUGUGUAUGACGUGGCCCAAUACCCAAGUUAUCCUGACGGCAGUGUGAGUGACGGACAGACCUUCCCUAAACCGCCGGCUUUCACACCACAUUACGUUCCGGCGUGUGAUUUCAACGCGGCUGUCAAUAAAGUUCCUGCGCCUGCUUUUCCUCCAAAAGAGUUUGGACUUAACUUGGUGCAGGACUCUGUCCCGGGAACCGCCAUACCUGAGAGGGAAAAGGUGCCUCCCCACAGGACGUACGUCAGACCGCAGCGAAGAAGGCGACAUAAGCCGCUGGGGAAGGAAAUAGUGAAAACGAGACGGGUAGCAGCCAACGCGAGGGAAAGGCGAAGGAUGCACGGCCUCAAUGAUGCUUUCGAUCGCCUGCGUGAGGUCAUUCCUUGCCUAGGCAGUGACAGGAAGCUCUCCAAGUUUGAGACCCUGCAAAUGGCACAGACUUACAUAGCCGCACUUCAAGAGCUCCUCAGGUCGUCAGGUGCCUCUGUGUGAUGAGUCGAAGAAAACUGGUGUGGGACAUCCCGUCGCUCCCAGACACUCGCCCAGUGAAGGUCCACGAGAUGUGUCGGUGAAUGGACACGUCAUCACGCAUCUUUUCACCUGUCGGUCAUGGCGCCUUUACAACGCUUUGUUGGUGCAUUUUACUGCCCGACACUUCUCAGGACAAUGAACGCUUGUAGUAAAAUGAUUUAGUGUUUAUUGAUACAAUUAUUUAUUCCUAUUUGUAUGAGUGGAAAGAAAUGAUCAUACCUGAGUAUUAUUAGUGUAUACCGCUAUCAUGUAAAAUUUAUGUUGAAGCUUUAAUGAGAGUGGCGAGGGACCAGAUGCCGAGCAGCGGGGGUUGCUUGUGGUGACGACAGUUUUUUCCUAGGGGCCAUAGUAUUGAUUUUAUGAAGAGUCUUGUAAUGAAUUAUUAUCAAUGUUUACGGAAAAUAUAAAACUAUAUACUAUAUUAGUAGACACCGCCUUUCUCUCAAAAUGUGACUGCGAGUUGUGCUUUCAUUGUGAAGCUAAAAUGGAAAUGAAAAAAAGAUAAUGUAAAGACUGAGAUAAUCUACUGAGUACUAUUUCCGUUAUAAGAGCAUGUCUUGCUGCCUGUGCAUUGUUGUAUUGGUAUUAAGUUGUUGUUAACCUUAGAAGGGGUGGAGGUAGUGUAAGGCACCAGCUCAGUCAGGGUGCUCGCCAGGACCGGACGUUAUUACCUGAGUCAUGCUGUGGACCAUGUUGGACCUGUGUUUGUUGAGGAGUGAAUGUAUUAAGAACACCCUAACCAACCAACCAACACACACACACACACACACACACACACACACACACACACACACACACACACACACACACACACACACACACACACACACACACACACA